AUGGCAUUAGAAUUUGGUACGCGUCAUGAUCUCACAUGGAAAAAAGCCAUGGAUGGCGUUCUGAAGCAGAUAUGCGAUAGAAGAUCCGACAUCGAAGAUGAUUACAAAUAUGUUGGCAACGUCACACGCUUGAAUGAGGCAAACUCCUUCUUUCGUCGAGAAGACAUGUCAAGCGAGCAAGAUAUGCCAGUGGAGCUUGAGCAGGUGCCACUCAAAUCCGACGUUGAUGCACCAGCAGGUACCGUAGAUGAAAUGGCUUCCGUAGAAGCUCCCACAGUCGUGCAGAAGAAGACAUGGUUUUUCAAAAAGACAACCAAAAAUGUAGCACUCGAAGAGCCAAAAGGUGACGAAGAAAAGACAGUAGAAGAGCAGCGACCAAAGUUGAAAUGUUGGUGGAGUAAACAGAAAACUGAACAAGAACAGAAGGAUGAUCAUAUGUCUAUCGGAAUCGAUUUGGUGAAUAGAGAUGAAAAGGCUGUUAACGAGCAUGUACGACUUGGAUUUGAAGAUAUUUUCGCAGAAGCCGACACCCAACACUCUUGGGAUUGCGUUUGGCGAAUGGUCUUCAAGGUUUUCACAUGGACUCGUCUCGCUGUCUAUCGUCUUUGCUCUAUGAUCAUCUGCCUUCCGGCAGCAAUCAUCUUCGGAAUCCUUUUCGGCAUCGUUACCGUACUGAACGUCUUCGCUUGUGUACCAAUCGCAAAACUGCUCAGUAUUCCUGGCAACUGGUUAGCCAAGACCUGGAGCUGGUUAAUACACGCCAUUGUCGAUCCUGUCGCCAGUGCUCUCGGCCUCCUCUUCUCAUCGUUCACAAUCAGGAAGUACGGCAUCAACUCGCAACCAACUGAUCCAUGUGUCGCCUAAAUCGUUUCACAUUUUUUUGUUUGUAUGUAAAAAAAGUCGUUGAUUUCUGCUGCACCGAUGAU